AUGUCGACUCAUCAGGACAACACCGAUGCUGCAUCGAUUGGUGAGAAGCAAGGUGGCAAGAUGUUGGAGACCUCUCUUGACCACGUCCCAAGCCAUGCCAACGGAACAGUCGCCACCAUCGACGGUAUCGAUCCUGCAACUCUGCAUAACGAUGAAGUGAUCACUCGAGCAAUUCAAGCCAUUGGCUUCGGCAAGUUCCAAUGGCAGCUUACCUUCUCCUGUGGUUUCGGCUUCCUAGUCGAUCAGAUGGUCCUUGUCUCGAUCAGUCUUGUUACGCCUCAGGCUGCCAUGGAAUUCGGCCCUCGAUAUGCAACCCUCCUAUCUGCGCCUUCUUAUGCUGGCUUACUCAUCGGUGCUUUGUUUCUUGGUACACUAGCCGAUAACUUUGGCCGCAGACUAGUCUGGCAGGCGUCUAUCUUUGGAUGCUCUAUCAUGACUGCCAUUGCUGCUAGUUCUCCGAAUUGGGCUGCUUUAAACGUAUUCAUCGCUUUGAUCGGCUUGUUUGCUGGUGGCAACCUUGCGAUCGACUUGACACUCCUAGCGGAAGCUAUUCCUCAAGAAUGGUCUUUCAUCCUAUCAAGUCUCGCUGGGAUCUGGGGCUUCGGGAACGCUGUCACAGGCCUGAUCGCCUGGCGUCUGCUUGUCAACUUCGGAUGUCCCAGCGGCUCCACUCCCGAGACCUGCAGCCGCAGCGACAAUAUGGGCUGGCGUUACCUCUACAUCACUCUCGGUGGACUCUGUCUCGUCAUGUCACUUAUCCGAGCUUUCGUCCUACGGUCACUUGAGUCACCAAGAUGGCUCGUCUCUUGUGGAAGGAUGCAAGAGGCUGCGGAGGUUAUUAACCAUAUCAGCAGGAUGAACAAGUCUGAUUAUCAUGUCACUGGGGAUAAUUUCCUCCAGCCGGAACAAGAGCAGGCCGAUGGCGAGGUUAGGUCUUGGCGUGCGAAUAUUGCCCGCGCUUCGAGACUUUUCUCUGGUGCUAAGCAGAUACGACUGAUGGUCGGUCUCAUCAUGAUCUGGGCACUCAUCGGCAUUGCAUACCCGCUCUACACCAUCUUCCUCCCUUACUACCUCGCAGCUCACGGCGCCAACUUCGGCGAAACAAGCAACUACAUAACCUACCGCGACUGGGCCGUCUCCUCAAUCGUCGGGAUUUUCGGCCCCGUCCUAAGCACCAUCCUCGUAUCAUCCCGCCUUUUCAAGUCCAAGCGCUCAAUGCUCCUGACCGGCAUAAUAUGCUCUGCAUUCUCCGGAGCAUUCACCUCCGCCAGAACAGCAGCGGAAAACCUCGCAUUCUCGUGCAUGAUAAACUUUUCGCUCAAUGCUCUGUACGCUAUUGUUUACUCGUACACCCCGCAGGUUCUUCAGGUGCAGAAUCGCGGGAUGGGUAUGGGGCUGCUUAUGGCGGUGGGGAGGAUGGCGUCGCUUAGUGCACCGUUCAUUGCGACCUUUGCGGAUGUUAAGACUUCGGCACCGAUUUGGGUCGCGUGUGCCUGUUUCUUGGCGAUUGGGCUCAUUGCAAUGAUUCUUCCGGCUGAUACGCGACCUUAUGUGUCAAAAAAGAGCCACGAGUCCAGCGUUUGA